AUGAACACUAUUGCACCCAAUUUGACCGCUCUUGUUGGGAAUCUUGUUGGUGCUCGCCUUAUUGCCCAUGGUGGUAGCUUCCUCAAUCUUGCAAAGCUACCGGGGAGUACUGUACAGAUACUUGGUGCUAAAAAGGCUCUCUUUAGGGCCCUAAAGACUAAGCAUGCUACCCCAAAAUAUGAGCUUAUUUAUUAUGCAUCAUUAAUUGCAUUGGCGAUUAUGAAAGAUGCUCUUGGACAUGGUCAACAUAAUUCAAUGGGAUUGGAAAACAGAGCCAAGCUUGAAGCACGCCUAAGGAGUCUUGAAGGCAACGAACUAGGUAGACUUGCCGGUUCAACUAAAGGAAAGCUAAAGAUAGAAAGCUAUGACCAAGAUUGGAAGAAGGGAGUUGAAGGCUUCCGUCAAGCUCCUCACGGUGCGUCUGUGGAUGAGGAAAUGCAAGAGCUUCCUGUUGCUGAAGAAAAGAAAGAAAAGAAGAAAAAGAAGAAAGAGAGAAGUGGGGACAAUGAUGUUGCUCUACAAGCUGAUGCUGGCAAGCAAUCAGAUCAGGUGGAAACUACAAAGAAGGAGAAGAAGAAGAAAUGUAGGGAUUCUACUGAGGGUGGCCAGGUGCAGGCUGAGGAGGAUUACAAAGAUGGUAAAUUACAGUGA